AAGACAGGGAGACUAAAGACACAGACUAGAGACAAAUAAAGAUAAUCAGAUAUAUAUCUAUAAUAUUUAUCUGAAUAUAUUUCAGUCAUAUACUGUAUAGUGUACUUAAUUCCCGCCCACGUCGGCACACGCCGUGUCAGCAGCAAGCGCACCUGUACUCCUCCACUCUGACGGAACAGGAAGUCGGGAAACGGGAGGAAGAAGAAUCUCGGAAGUAAAAGAGACAAGUUUGUGAAUGUUAAAAGAAAAAUGAGCAGAAUUUAUGAAAACUCGUGUUUACAGAACAAACCCGUCCACAGUGACAAGUUCGAAGGCGUCUGGUCGCCAUCUACGUACGAGAGGGGAGCUGGAGUUCUUCUGGAGGGAAAGGUGCUGGACGUCUCCAGACAUGUGGUCAGCGAUGUCAAAAACCACAAGGUUCGCUUCUACGUUCUGUAUGUCAAACCCAGCCGCGUCCAUCAGAGGAAGUUUGAUGACAGAGGAAAUGAAAUCGAGCCAAACUUCAGCGACACCAAGAAGGUCAACACAGGUCAUCUCCUGUCAUCCUACAAAGUGGAAGCUAAGGGUCAGUCGGACCGUCUGUCUCACGAGCAGCUGUCAGCGAUGGUGAACAAGGAUGAGCUGGUGAAAAUAACGGAGAAGCACCGACCCGCCGGUACCUGGGCCUUCUGGUUCCCAGAGACGGAGCUGGACAAAACAGAGCUGGAGACGGGACACGAGGUCCGGCUGAAGACCAGAGGAAACUGUCCCUUCAUCUUCUCCAUUGCUAAAGUGGAGGGUGGCUCAGUGACCAGGUGUACCUUUACUGGAGAUGAAAACGCUGGAGCUUCAUGGACGGACAAGAUCCUGGCCAACAAAGUCCACGCAGAAGACGCUGAGCGAGGAGGAGGAGGAGGAGCAGCAGCAGGAGGAGAAGGAGCUGAUGAGGAUGAAUGGGACGAGUGAGGAAAUCGUUUCCUGGCAGAACUGAACUGAACCUGAACUUGUGGCAGAUCUCCAGUCUGUCUCUCUCUGUGUCUCUGUCCGUGUCUCUCCG